AAUAACGGCAACAUCGCUAUUUGGCGUCCAUCUUUAAUCUUUUGAUGUGUUGUGUUAUUUUAACAAAAUUGUAAUAAAAUUGUUAUUAUAACUUCUACAAAUAAUUUAAUACACAAAUUGUAUUCAAAAGUUUAAUCUGACAGCUAUAUCAUAAAAUAAUAACUUGCAGAUGAAGUGUGCAAAUGGAUAGGUUGAGCCACUUGCGGGGAGAAGCGGGGGGCUCGCGGGACUCCACGCUCGACACCACGUCCCCGCCGAGCGAGGGCUUCAUGACCGCCAACGAGAGCUCCUCCAAGUACUUUUCUCUGUCAGAAGUUGACUCUGUUGACUCAACAUUCGACAUUUCUUCUAUAAAAGAUGUGUCGCUGGCGAGCACCACCACUGACUCCGAAGGGACCAUGACGAACGCGGACGACCUGAUAUCCAAUCUAUCGCCUAUUGGUAAAAAGAGUGAUAUGCUAGAUAGCUACAAAAUAGGUAAACAGAUUGAAGCAGCAAACAUUUUGUCUGGAGGUGUUGACAUAUUUGAUGAUAAUGACAAUUCUUAUGAUGGCGAUGAGCUGGUGAUUGAUGACAAUGUUGAUGUUGAUGAUAAGUCUAAUUCUGAGCUGAAGGAUGCGGAGGGAAUGGAGUUUAAGUCUGAGGAGAAUUUGUUAGAACCUACACUGAUAAAUGAGGAGACGGAUAUAGCUAGUAAAGAUACAGAAGUGGUGCUACAAAUUGAUGGUAAAAACGUAGAUGCUAUAGAUAUUGGUAAUGGACUGUACUUGUAUAGGAAGGAAGGACAGGAAGAGCUGGCCGCUGUUCAGAUUAUUGAUGAUGAUCAGCAGCAGACUAGCUUCAAAUUCCUGAAAGUCCGUGAAAAUGCUGAAGGUAAUUUAGAAGUUUAUGAAGAAAUAGAGAUAGAAGUACCAAAAGAAGUGCCUGCAAAAGAAGGGAAGAUGGCAGAUAAGAAGAUAUCAUCACAUGUGCCUAUAAAGGAUAUCAAUAAAGUUAUAAGUGAGUCUGCCUGCAACAAAGUUGCUGAAAGAAAAAAUAAAAUACCAAGAAAAGAACCAAUUUUAACAACUACCGAAGUUGAACUUGAUGGUAAUAAAGAAACAUCACCUGAUGCAAAAUCUGAAGUAAAUAUAAAUGGAAAAAUGAUGAAAUUUAGUGAAUCGCGCAAAUCUCCAGUUAUAGGAAGUUUUACACCCAUGACAUACCACUCAACACCAAAUAAAGAAAGAAUACCACUAACUAAAACUAUGGUUGACCAACAACUUCACCCUAGUAGACAUUCUGAUAAUGUUAAGAAAACAAUAGAAGUACAUACUGAUAGUAGUAAACAAAGAACAUCAGAAACACCUACCAAAAACAAAGAAGAAGAUGACAGUAAAGUCACUGAAGUAGAAAAUAUUGAUACAGAUCUUGUCAUUGAUGAAUCAGUUGAAAAUGUUACUGUAGCUGAAGAAAUAGAUAAAGAAACCGUAGAUAUAAAGAAUACUGAAAAUACUGAACCUAAAACAUCGGAGUCAAGUAAUAAAGAAGUUGCGGGUCAAAAGUGUAGUACAGUUACUGACAAAUCUGCAGAAAAUUUAAUUGAAAAGCCAGAGAAAGUUACUGGCAAAUCAGAAGGAAAUAUAAUUGAAAAGCCAGAGAAAGUUACUGGCAAAUCUGAAGAAAAUAUAAUUGAAAAACCCGAGAAAAUACCUGAAAAAUCUGAAGAAACUGUAAUUGAAAAAUCUGAAGAAAAUGUAAUUGAAAAGGUAGGAAAAGUUGAUGAUAAGCCAGAGAAAGCUGCCAAUUCACCAGUAGCUGAUUUAAAUAAGGAGAAAGAUAUAUUAAAGGAGGAUGUACCAAUGGAAGUUGAUGAAGUGAAGAAACAAGAUAAUAGUGAGAAUAUAGUAAAUGUAGAUGAAAUUAAGAUAUUAGAUACAGUUGAAGAUACUGUUGAUAAAGUUGAAGAAACGAUUGAAGAAGUUAUUGAAAGCGAUAGUGAUAAUCAAUUAAAGAUAGAUGAAGUUAUUGAAGUAAGUCAAGAAGAAGUUAAGAUUUCUGAGCCUAUUCAAAUAGUUAAUGAUGAUGUUAAAAUUGUUGAAGUAAGUGAUACAAAAGAUAAGGAUAUAAUAGCUAAGGACAAUACUCAUGGUGAUAGUCAAGAAGAGACCAAAGUUGAAGAAAUUAUUUACGAUAUAACAGACCAAGAAAACGAUGAAAUUGUUAUCAUCGACGAUAGUGAAAUAGAUGAAACAAAAAUUGAAGAAUCAACAUCAGUAAAUGAAAAAAGUGAUAAACAAGCUGAAGAUGUUGUUAAUAAGGAAGCUGAGAAAUUAGUAAUAGAUGUGACAGCUAAGAACGGGGCAGAAGAUAAACAACACAAGAAUGUUCAAGACAAUAAUAAGAAGGGUGCCGAGAAUAUUGAAGCUGAUUCCACGUCGGCAGUUACGGCUGAUAGUUCUACAGAAAAACUUGAAAAGGAUGAUACACCUACUGCGAGCGAAACCGUUAAAAAUAAUGUGUCAAAAAUACCUGUGGCUAAGCCAGAUACUACUAAAGAAUCGAAAAAAGAAGAAAUUAAACCAACUAGCAGUACAUCUUCGGUAAUGAAAGCAAUUACUAAACCUACUGAUUCCAAACCGACAAACUCGGCUGAUUCCAAACCUACAAACUCUGAAAAGAAAGUUGAAUCAAUUGAAAAGCCUAGUACUUCAGUCAAAGAAGUAGAGAGAGUCAAAGAAGAUAUUGUACUAGAAAAGGAAAUUCCACAUUCGCAUAUACCCAUAAAAGAAUUACCAAAACUGACAGCAACCAGUACGCUCAAAAUUCACGAGCGACCUAUACUUGUUCCUGAAAUAAAACCUGUCAAGAGACCUAUUGUGACUUCUGCAGCUCCUUCUAAAACAGACAAAGUAGAAAAUAAAAAAGAAAAUAAUGUUCUAGAAAAAUCUCCCAAAAAAGAAAGCAAGGAAUUGAAACAACCUAUCCCAAUUGUUGAAUCUCAGCUUACUGUAGUACCAAUGGUAGUAGACAGUAGCACCAAUGUCAAAAUGGAAAUUGCUGGAAAAAGUAAUGUUACUGUUGCAAAGGUAUCUAGCAAGGAUGUGAAAGAACAGAAACAUAUCCCACAAAAGUCGGCACAACCUAUCCCCGAAUCAAAACCUUUAUCAGUCACUAAGAAAGAAGAAAAACAUGAAGUAAAGGUUAAGCCUAAAGAUACAACUGAACCAGCCAAGAGCUCCAAGGAUAUUAAAGUUAAUAGAGUGCCAAAAGACGAAGAUGUUCAACCCAGUUGCUCAGGCACACAAGACGUCAGUAGUACAUCAACUGACAAUGUUCCUUCGCAAAGCAGUGAUAAUAAGAAUGAAUCCGAAGAUAACAGGGAGGAUUCAAACGGAGAAGAACCUAAACCAGGUGGAAGCAAGAAGGCUGUACCUUUCGGUAAAUGGACAGCUACUAACAGAAAAGAGUUUUUGGAUAAAAUUAAGAAUAGAAAUACAACCCCUGUCACACCAGCUGUUCCCUCUACAAGUACGAAUCAGCUGAAGAAUUCUAAUGAUCUUAAUAGAAGAGAUGUUUUGCAGAAAAUUGACAGUCAAAGACAGUCGAGCAGUGCAGCAGCCUUAGCAAAAACUCAGGAAGCAAAUAAAGUUGCUAAAAAUGAACCUGCAUUUAGCAAAGUCAGCCUAAAUCAAAAUAAAGAGACUAAUCAAGAAAGCAAAACUGUUAAAGUUGAGAAAGUUAAAGAAACAUCUGAAGCUGUGGCUGAAAAAGCCCCCGUUAAACAAGAAGUCACAAAUAAUGAGCACGAUGAAACAUCUCAAGCUGCAAAUGUUGCUAAUGUGAAAAAAGAUCCCGCUCAACAACGCACGGAAGUGAAUUAUCAGGAUUUGAUUGAUAAAACUAUUGAAGACAUGAUACACAGAAAAGUUGCACCUCCCAAAGCUAUUCAAGAAGAACCAGAUCAAAGUUCGGCCAAGGACCCUAAUGCCAAUCAAAAUGUCAAAUAUCCUUUGAAUUACGAGCCUACUGACCGAGCCACUCUCGAUGAGAUAGAAAUGAAAAUGAACGAAUUACAUGGUAUUCCGUUUAUCGAAAGACCUCCACAUGAAUUACCUGUAGUGCCUAUCGCCGAUCCCAAACCUAAAGUAUUUACUAAAGCUGAAAAGGAGAAGCCGGCGGUCCCAAGUAAAACUACCAAAAUACCGAAUCUCCUACCAUUUUCAAAUAAAGUCCAGCAAAAGAUUGCAAAGGAUAGUGUGAUAGAAGUGGACUCUGAAGAAGAAAUAAUAGAGCAUGAGCCUAUAACGGGAGAUAUUAAUGUGAAUAAGAAAAUUGUAGCAGCUAAACUACUACCUAAGGAUAAAGUCACGAUAUCUCGUGUAAGCACGGAUAAAGCCAAAGCAGAUGCUGCUAAAAAAGAAUCGAUUAUCACUGAAAAAGAUUUCGAUAAAUUCGCAAGACGAAAUUCCAUAACAUACGAGAAUCGUCUUACUGUGAACUUCGAUAAUAAGGAACCGCACAAUGUUAUCAAAACAGUUGUAGAGAAAGAUCCUUAUCCUAAGAGUUACUCUAGAAAUGACAUCGCUCGUGCUGAACCCAAGGCUAAGAUGCCAUAUAAAUAUCAAAAUGUGAGGCAAAGUAUACAACCGCCAAAAGUACAUGCUACAAACAAAGUAGGUGCAGCUACCGAAGAUUCUUCUAACAGAAAUCAGUCUAAGCUACAAAAAGCAUAUCAAUCAGCUUUAUCCGCCAAACGCCAAAAAGAAUGCCCCAUUACAAUAAUAGAAGAUAAACCAGUAAAAGUAGUAUUUAUGGACAAUAUGGAGUUUGUUCCAAAUCAAUUAAACGUUCAAGGUCAACAACUUUCUCCUGCCAAGAAAAUAGUCACAGAACCCGACGAUAUAACUGUUAGUACUCUUGAUUCUUUGGAAUCUGAUGUGCUUGAUACAACUGAUGACGCAAAGUCUCAGGAAGAAGUUAAAACCAAAACUAAGCAUCAGAGGAAACAAGUGUUGACUCCAGUUGAUGAACCAGAAUUGGAACUGAUUGAACCAAGAGACCUUGGACUUGAAGUGUCACCCAAAAAGAAAAGGAAAACCGAAGAAGAUAAAACGGAUAACAAAGUCAAAUACCCAAUGCGAAAGAAACAUUAUCUUCUCGGCUCCAAUGCAGCAGAUGAUAAAUUCCAAAACACAACAGAUGUUAUCAAAAAUCCUCUCAAAGAGACCAUAAACCGCAAUGAUAAUGGUGUUGCGCACAAAAAUGCUGUUUCAGCUAUUGACAAUUUAGUCAAAGCUGCUGAAUUACUUGAACACUCAGAAAACUUAAAUAUUAUUGACUCUCCAAAUCCGGAUAGCCAACAAAGUACUCCUGUUAAAAGGGGAAGAGGUCGUCCGCGAAAAUAUCCUCUACCUGAAGGAGCAGUUGAUAAAAAUAAAGUGCCAAGCCCCCAAAAGAAACCACGGUUAAUAGAUGCCAAAGUUCCAAAACGUGAUGUAGUGACAACGACGGACGAUGAUGAUAGCGAUGAUGAAAUUAUCAAAGAAAACUGGACGAUGGGGAAAAUUAAUGAAAACAUCGUGUGUCCUAUUUGCAACAAAUUAUUUAGAACAGAAAACGUGGUGUUUAAACAUGUUAAACAUUGCACCGGUCCUUCGCCGAGUCGUUCUGGCUCGGACAAGAGAAGUCCUAGGAGAAUGAGACCAUCUCAAGAGUCAGAUUCCAAGUCGCAAGGUAGUCAAUCCGAUGACAUGGAUAUUGAUGACGAUAAACCACUCGUUGUCAGAAAAGAAACUCCCAAGAAGCGUAAAUCCAAAGAUUCUGUGUCUAAACCUAAUGAUAUUGACGAUGUGAUCGUCAUUGAAGAUACGCCACCGGCUAAAGAAAAGCCUGAAAAGAAAGAUAAAGAAGUUGAUGAAAGAAAGGUUCACGAGUCAAGAAAACCUAGAGCCAAAAUCUUUCACAGCAGCAAUGACCUGGUUUGUGAAUUCUGUGGCAAAACAUUUAGGCAACUAUCUUAUUUGGUUAGUCACAAAUUACAGCACAAGAAAGAUGAGCCAAAGAAAGUGGAAAAGGAAGCUCCGGUUGCAAACAAAUCUGUAUACAGCUGUGAAGUUUGCAAGAAAGAGUUUAGGAAGCUUCAUCAUUUAGUUCAGCAUCGGAUCAUUCAUAACCCAAGCUCUGCGCCUGCGAGGUCUCUAAGGAAAAGUUCCUCAGAACAGUCCGAUACUAAGAUUGAAAAGGAACCGGCUAGUGCUAAAGCGAGCGAAGACGCCGGUGCAGGGUUCCGCUGUGAACCAUGUGAUAAAUCGUUCAGGAAACUGCACCAUUUAGUGGAGCACAGAGAAACGCACGACGGAAUCAACAGACAGAAAAUCACGCCUGUGGUUGAGAAACAAAACCAUGUUGAGAAGGAAAAACCCAUUACUUUGCACCAAUGUGAGGUUUGCAAAAAAUCGUUCAGAAAGCUACAUCACUUAAUUGAACACAAAGAACAACAUGUUGAAACAAGUUCAGAAAAAUCUGAUGACAAGAGUGUCAAAAGCUCGCUGUCCACUAGAGAUAUAAUACACGAGUGUUCACUUUGUUACAUGGUGUUCCCGAAUGAACAUUCGCUGAACAAACACACGAUUAUCUGUCAAAGAAAGAAAAGACAGUCAAAGCAGAGUAAACCAGCGGAAGAAUCUGAGGUAGUUGAAUCAGUUGAAGAGACAAGUGAGUCUCCUAAAAUUGAAGAAAAACUUGACGACGUAGAUUCUCCAAAACCAGACAUUGAAGAGGUAAAAGAUGAAGACAGUGAACUGGUGAUAGUUGAAAAGGUGGAACCGCCUAAAGAAACAACACCCACACCGGUUGAACAGAAGCCCGUCGAAGUUGUUCAAGAGAAAGAAAAAGAAACAGAGACAAUUCCACAGAAAGUAGAAACAAAAUCCAUCGAGCCACCAGUGGUUCCUGCAAAGAGAGAAUUUGAAGAAACAAAAGAUAUCAAAGUAGAAUCUGAAGAACCAGAAGUACCAGAAAAGAUUAAAAAGGUUGAAGUUAAGGAAACUAAAGUCCACGAAACGCCCAAAAAGAAAAUCCUUAAGGAUAAAUCGGCAGUCAGUGCUAGCAAACGUGUGAAAACUACGGCGGCACCAGUGCACCAGGAAUCUAAGCCAGCAGUAGAAUCGAGCGAUGACGACGAAGUCCGGUACAUGCUCAACCCGAACUUCAAAGUCGAAGACACGGCUGAAGAAAAGGUCUUCAUGAAGGUGAGAGCCAACAAGCGCAGCUCCUUACAAAUAGAGCGGCCGAACUCCAAGGACCUAGUCAAGAGAAGGACGUCAUUACAGCACCCGCCCAAAAUACUGCGCCUCAAGCCCAAAGUCGUGGAAGCCAACCCGGUUACCGUCAAACAUGUAGCCAAAGCGCCUAAGUUAGAACCAGUGCCUUCGACUGACUCUGACGACAGCGAAACUGUAAAAUACUCGUUCCCAAAAACCAUUCCUGAAAAAUCAACGAAACCCGCACAAGAGCGCACACCUAAAGAUGUAGAAAAGAAAACUCAAAAGAAAUCGUUAGCUGAUAAGAGAAAGUCUUUGAGCGGCAUUGCCAAGAGGAAAUCUUUGGGCAAAGCUGUCACCGCCAGGCACAAACCGUCGCCCGUCAAGCAGAUCAAGAGAAGAACAUUAGAGGUGGAGCACCGCUGCGACUGCGGGCAGCUGUUCAGCAGCGCCGCCCUGCUCGCGCGGCACACCUCCCUCGCGCACACACCGCCCCGCGUCAGACGCCGCCGCGACCCGCCGCCCGACCCGCACCCGCCGCCCGACAAGCCCGACAAGCACAAGCAGGCCUCGCGCAAGUCCAGCGCCAGGAGCGACAGCAGCACCUCCACCAAACCGAACAAACCCGAACCAAAACCGACGAGAAAAUCUCUCGACAAAGACCCCAAACCGCCAGCCGACGCCAAGAAACCCAAACCUGAAAAGUCUGAGGCCAAAUCCAGCGUCAAACCGAGAAGAACGCCCGCACAUCGAGGUGUCCCCGUACCAGAGAAAAUGAGGAAAAUAAUGCAAAAAAAUAAAUAAAUGUUUUAAUUAUAGAGAUUGGUUCGCGUUACGAAGUUGGACUGAAGUAGUUCCCCUAGAAUUCGGGACGUCGUUAGUGAGGGGACGCUAGUACUGUUUAGAUAAUAUCACGCAUCACAAGGCUCACAAUCGUAACAAACGGACCAUUGUUAAAUAAAAAUAUUUUUACACGUUUGAUGGAACGAUACGUCAACAAACAAUAUUUUUAUCGUGAGUCGGUUAGUUAGGCGUUGAUCUUGUCUAUAUGUAAAUGAGAACUUAAAUAAUAAGUAUAUUUUGUCAAUUUGUUCUAGAGUUUAGAUAUUAUGUAUGUAUAAGAGUAAAUAUUUAUGUUUUUAUUAGAUUAGGGAUAAUCAUUUUCGUUGGCAUUAUCGGUUAGCCCGCUGUAAUUUUCAGUUAAACUGUAAAUGUUCGCCAUUCUACGAUUCUUGAUUUCGAAAUGAUAAGCAGAAAUAUUGCAAGAAGGUGCAAACUUUUGUUGUAAAAUUAUAUUAGAUUAACAGAGUUCUUAAUGAAGUUAAUAAGUAAUGUUUGGUGGAUUCUAAAUGAGCUUAUUAUUGAAAAUGUUUUAUAUAUUGAUUUGAAAGGAAUUGUAAUAUACAAAUGCUUAUAAUAAGAAUUAUUGAGCUUCCCGAUUGCGGAGUUUGGGUUAUUUAGUGCUUCGUAGUAUGUUUUCAUCAUUAUUGUAAGGGAUUAGAGGAAUUUGAUUGACCAGAUUUGUCUAACAUUAUUACUGAAUUUAUGUAACAGCACAUCUUGAUAUCGGAUAUUUUAACACUUCGAGAGUAGUUCCAAAACUUGCUGUUUUAUAUGAAGGUUGCCGGAACAUUUGUGCAUUCUUGGGAAUAAUUCGAAUAGUUUCUAUUUUGUAUCGUGAUUGCAGCCUUUUGGUGCACCACCAACUAUGAAAUGUAAAUUACUCGAAAAUCCCACAGCACAUUACCAUGUUGUUGAAAUAUUAGCAAUUAUUCUAUUUUACCAUAUACAUUAAGCAUAAAUCAAUUCAAUCGUUGAUGUUAAUACAAGCGUGGUGUAAUGUUGACGUGUUAGUUGCAAUAUUCAUCAAAUAUAUCAAAGUUGAAGUUAAUUGCUCGAUGUUAGCCCGUGUCGAAGAUUUAUCCAAAAUUCUGACCAAUGUGUCGUGUCUUGUUAGUCUACGAGUAGUCAUACAAUGAUACUCCCCAAAUUUAUAGUGAACUAGGACCAAAAUAUAUCAAUUUCUCUCGUUUCUAAUGGUAAUAAUAUAUUAUGUUGUUUUUAAUUUUAAAUAAUGUUUAUUCCACUCUCGUGACUAACAGUGUAAAAUGUAAUUAAUUGCUAAAAUAUAAAAGAGUAGUCCGUAUUGUGAGAUUUAUGUUUUAGAAGCAUUUAACAUAAAAUUUUAUAUAUGUAGAUGAUAUCAUUAUUUUUAAUAUGAUGAUGCAAUUUUGAUUAAUGGGUUAUAAAUAAAUUGUCUAAAAUUUA